AUGCUGAACAAAAAAGGCUUACCUCAAGCAGCACGAGUGCUAAUAUUUUUGGUGCUGAACAAUUUGCUAGCGUCCGCAGGCUUUAUCGUGCUUCUGUUUAGCGUGGCAUUUUCGCUUGGAUCACUAACUCUUUGCUGUCUUGGUGUUGUCGGGUUUCAAGGGCUAUUGUACAUGGCACCCCUUCUCGCGCAACUCGAUAUAAAGCUGCACAACUUUGUCGAGCCUGUGGAGUAUCGAUUGUGUGGCAGCAUACCGCAUUAUGGUGAGGGUGGAUCAUAUUUGGCGCGACCGUCCCUUGCUGUGCUAUUGUACUUCAGCACAGCCAAGGUGGGUGUUGGUGUACUUAGUGCCAUGGUAGUGAUCUUUCCGUUCUCAAUGCCAAUCCAUGCGCUACUAUCGCCAACCUUCCGAGCUCAGUAUCUUGGUGGAAGUUGGUUUAAUGUUUGGACUUUUAUGGUAGUAGCCACCGCUAUGAUAGUAGUUGGCGUUAUUGCGAUGCCCUCCGUUGCACGACUCUCGUGCGUCACCACACGCCUGCUGUGCCGCGAGGUCUUUCCGUCUAUCCGCUUGGGCGACCACGCGCUAUCUAGCUCAAAAAAGCCACUAUGCUCGAAGAUGACCUCGUACGGAACGAAGCAGUCCAUUUUGACUGCAAAUGAAGUCGUUUAA